UUAUAACUUCAACUGCUUCCACGAAGGAGAAAAGUCCCCGAGAAACCCUAGAGGUAUCCAUUUAGCAAGAGCUUUUCCCUUGCCUGUAGAGUGACAUGGCGGCGAAUGGAGGUGAAUUGGGGAUCAAGGUGGGAAGGCAGAAAGGCGCGAACUCUUGGAGGUGGAAAGUGUGUCGGAUUCGAGGUGUAACAAAAUGGGAGAGGAUCAAGCAGGCUGAAGCAAGAAUUAGAGGCUUGGAAGCUGAGAUUGAAGUUAGGAACAGUGAGUAUGAAGAGCUCAAGGAGAAGUUUGAGGCAUUGGAGCUUGCCCUGGAAUGUGAGAAGAAGAAGACGAAGGCUGAGGAUGAGGCCAAAGUUCUGAGACGAAUGUCCCAAGAAUUGGGCUCUAAGGUGGGAAAAGACUGGCUGAGUCUUGAAAUCAGGGCAGAUGACUUGCAGGUGGAUCUACAGCAGGAUUCUGGAGCUACUUCUGACAUUUUGGCAACAUCAGGUAGCAAUCUUCCGAGCCAAUUCAAUCCCUUUAUUGGAGGGGAGAUGUGUGGAGGCAUAAGUGAUAGACUAGCUAGAACACAGUUGUUUUUUAAAGAAGAAAACAAGAACGUUCGAGAGAUGGCUCCAUCAACUCCUGAAGAUCUCAAAUCUUCUUUUCCUGGCUCAAAGCUCUGCACUUUGUCAUUGAGUACAGGCAUCGAAGAUGAGAAAUCUCCUGAAAUCAGUCUGAAGAGCAAGAUUAACAAUCAUCAUUACCUUGAUGAUGGUAAGAAGACGUGCAUUGCUAGUUGUCCAUCUGGCACAGCUGUGAAACAAGAGAUUGUGUACAAGCUUCAAAGAGACAAGGAUUGGGAGUCCUCCUGGGAUCUAGCUGCAGAUUUCGAGAAAGAUGAUAUGCUAUGCAUGAUGGCUGUCUGUACCCUUUAUCGAAUGCAAACUCCUGAUGAACGUGAAGAGGGGCUUACAUUUCACCGCAAUGGGCGAGGAUUCAGCCAGACUCAUGCUCCCAUGUAAAAGCAUCUGAACCCCCUUACUGUGCUAAAUCUUCAUUUGUUCUGGACAUGUUUGGUUGCUGAUUGCUAUGAAUCACUUGCAGGGGCUCCGAGAUCGCAGAGUUUCUCACGGAUGAGGAUCCUGAUGGUGAUAUGAAGCGAAAUGUGGCAGAGUUACGAGCAGAGUUUCCUGAUGGAGUCGAGACCUGCAGGGAAAUCGCGUUGUACCAUGCGAGGCAACUGUUCGAAAUUUACGAGAAUGAGGAGGAUGAUCUCUGGUAAAGCCGUGGGCUACAAGUAAAAGCAAGAGAGUCUUCAAACUCUGGAAAAGCCUCUCCUUCAUGUAGGAUGGUGAGGUCACUGCUUAUUUUGUGUGCAGUCUAGCUAGCAUUCUGACUAAUGAAAGUGUUCUGGGACACCUAGUUAUUUUGUAGGAAACUGAUGAAUUGUGUAC